AUGACGACAAAUCAAAAGAAGUCGAAAGUAUAUAGGGUUCAGGGAUUGCCAGACCGCCCAGGCUUUGAUAGAUAUGCCGCAACCCAGCUCAUUGCCAGUGCCAUCAACGACCCUACUGUGACGGCUGGCGACAUCGAGAUCUACUCCCUAGCUCCUUCUGUUGACCCACACAAGAUAUGGAAUCGCAAGGUGGCAACCGUCAUGUUCAGCCAUGCGCCAUCACCUUUGGCCACAGCAGAAGGUUCGGACAAGUCCGUUGAUUCAGAAUGGCGGUUUCCCGUCCCUGGAUUCCCGGAGCCGUUGGUCUUGGACUCUCAUUUCUUAGGACUUACGGUGCUAAACGAUGUCAGUGCGACUGAACAUCGAUGCGACUGCAUUGUUCUGUCCGGUCUCGCGAGCCAUCCCUUUGGAUCAUGGCAACCAAAAGGUGACAACAAGUCCUAUAUGUGGAUCCGAGACACGUUACCCACCAGUAUGGAUGGAGUUCGAUUCAUCUUGUUUGGCUAUGACACGACUCUAAAGGACAGUGACUCGUUCCAGACAAUUGUGGACCUGUCGAACAGUCUUUAUUUGACACUGCAAACAAAUGGCUGGGCAUCUCCUUCCACGAAACCUCUCGUGUUCCUUGCUCACAGUCUAGGUGGCGUCUUGCUCAAGCAGCUCCUCGUGAUACUAGCAGGAGCAAAUGAAAAUGCUCAGUUUAUGCUGAGCAUAAUCAAGGGAGCCAUCUUUUUUGGCACUCCCAGUCGUGGUAUGGCCCUUGCACAACUCCUGACUAUGGUUGGAGACCGGCCCAAUAAAGGCCUGGUCGAACAUCUCUCCGAGACAUCGAGUUUUCUACCCAACCUGGAAACACAAUUCGCUGGGAUAUCGCAUCUACAGAGAAUGAACCUUUGUUGGGCUUAUGAGACCAAGACAUCGCCAACAGUCGAAAAGAUCGAUGGAAUAUACAAACGAUCAGGUCCAAGAUCAAUCAUGGUCGAUCACCAAUCCGCGACAGGAUAUCGCACUUUGAAUCCAUCGUCUACUAUUCAGAUCGACGAAGACCACUCGCAUAUGGUUAAAUUCAACGUAGGUGACCGCAGGAUACCGAUCAUUAUCAACAAGAUCCGAGAAAUCUGCUUUUUAGGCGAAACACCUCAUCGGAUGGAACCCACUGCGUUAGCGAUGAACAUGAGCUCUGGUGUCCAGUAUGAGAGUGACACUAGCUAUGCAAGACAAGAUUUACUGGAUGAUGCACGUAACUCUGAGUUAGUAGGCUGGGACUAUGAUUUGAUCAUAUCAGUUCUCAGGGCGCCAGAAAGAGACCAAAGAUAUGGCCAGAUUGUCCAAAAUGUUGGCCAUACCUUUAGCUGGGCCUUUGAAACUCAGUCGAUUGGCUUAUCACAGUGGCUAAGGGAAGGCGAAGGAAUAUUUUGGAUCAAUGGUAAGCCCGGCUCAGGAAAAUCAACAUUCAUGAAAUUUCUCUUAGACGACGACCGGACAAAAGAGUUUUUGCACUACUGGAGAUCAAUGUCUGGACAGAUCAUUGCAAGCUUCUUCUUUCAUCAUCGCGGUACUCACCUACAGAAGUCAUUUGAAGGCCUGUUGGGAAGUCUCUUGAGUCAACUGUUGGAGGGAGAUGUCCGCCUCCGCGGACUCAUCGGAGAUUUCCUCUCCGAAAAGUCCACCGGUCUAUACGAAGCCGUUCAGUCCGACGUGAAAACACUUUUCCAGUUAUGCAACAUCAAAUCCGACAGCACUGUGCACCAGAAACACAUGGUCACUCUUUUAUGCGAAAAUCCGUCACUGAAGCUGCACCGUCUUCUUCAAGACCACGUACCGUACCUGAAGUCGGCUGAUCGCUCGUUGAUUAAAAAGACACUUCUUCGUGACUUUGACGGCAUUUCGCAUGCCACCAGUGAUAAGAGUGUCUACGCUGCGGCGGAACAGAACACGCUUCGAAAACUCUUACCCACAUUUACUGAGAAUGAAGAGAAAAUCAAAUUCAUCAUUAGGAGUUGGAGUGAAAGUCUCGACAUAUCUGGUCAAGUCGGAAACUUUCUGACAGAGGCUGAGCUGAAGCCAGACAAUAAACAACACAUCACCAGGUUGAUUGGGCGGCAAAGAGCACGCCAGAAACGUCAAAUCAGCAUUCAAUUAAUGCAGUGGACACAAUCUGAUCUUGAGCAAGGACUUCGACGAGUUUUUGACCAGGACGCUUUUGAUCUCGAAGUUUGUUUAUUUCUCGACGCCCUGGACGAGUAUGCCGGCAGCCCCGAGGUCGUUUCUGCGUUUUUGAAAGACCUCGUCAAGGCAAAGUUGGGAUCAAAAACACGGACCAAGAUCCUUUUUUCAAGCCGCCCGUGGACCGUCUUCCGCGAUCACUUUGGGACCUGUCCAAGCUUCAGCAUUCACGAGCACACCUUGGAAGACAUCCACGAGUACUGCGCUAGCUCUCUACCGGAAUGUAGCAGAAUCAAAGCGCUCAUUCGCCCGUUCGUGGGAGAUAUUGCCAACCGUGCUAGAGGUGUGUUUGUUUGGGUAAGAUUGGUUAUGACAGAUUUGGUCUCCUUAGUGACCGCGACUAACGAAACGGACGAGGAGUUGCCUCAAAAGUUGCGUCACUGUCUCGAUUCACUUCCCGACGAGCUUGAGGAAUACUAUUCAGCAAUCAUCCACCGACUCCCAGCAUCCACGAGAAAGCAAACGUAUAUCCUUUUGGAAUGCUUAUCGCGAUCUUCGGACAUAAUCUAUCUGAGUGAGGUUCCGGAAUUACUUGCUUGUGGAAUGUCUGAUUCUCUGUCCGAGGCUUUGGUUGCCAUUACAAAUGAAAAUGCACCUGGUUUUGCAGAUCCAGAAGGCCACGUUGGAACUAUUUCAGGAGGGAUAAUCGACAUUGUGGCCGGUAACGGUCUUCAGUACUCAGCUCUCUCGGACUACAGCAGAAAUUCGUUGAAAAACAAGCGAGAUUGCGUAUUGCAGCUAAUGCAUCAGACAGUCAAGGACUGGAUGGAAUUACCCACAUUCAAGCACACUGUUUUAGGAACUCGCGCGGACAUGACACCGGAGAAUGGACACAAUUUUCUUGUCAAGUUUUACACCUACGUCAAUUGUGGCCUGGGUAAGAGAUCGAUGGGAAGUUCGUCGGGCUCUGCUAUCCUCGACCACGCUGUUCAGGCUGAGAUGACCACUGGAGUCAGUCAGUACAUGUAUUUGUCUCGACUUCCUGCGAAUGUUCUAGGACACGUUCUUCGCCAGAAGAAUGACUGGCCUGGGACAUUCACAAGACACCCAGAUAUUCCACAACGCAGAGGGUAUGGUGGAGGCAUGCCGGUUAAAGAUAUCGAUUGGCUCUCCAGUACAGGAAUCCCAGGCAGCACAGAAGUUCCGGGAAGCGCAGGGGGACCAAGCGAGCUGGGCGUGCCAGGCAAGCUGACAGAACCACCGGGAGGUCUGGGAAUACCGGGAAAAGAGAGAGUACUCCAAAAUACUCGAGGGCCCUCGCACGUUUUGGCAUCUGGGCUAUACUUUGCAGUUGUCGGCGGAUUAUCUCUGUACCUAGCAGAUUCUGUUCAGCAUGACAGUUUCGUAUUCCAAAGGUCGUCCGAACCACUAGUGUCCAUUUUGUUGGAAUUAGUGCUUUACAAAUCGGCGGUACAGCAAUCGGACAUGGUCGCAGCGCGUCUGGAAUCGGCCAAGCUCAUUUUGAAUAAUGGCUUCAGAAUCCAGCUAUAUCCUGACGCCUUUUCACUCAUGUUCGAGGGAAUUUGGAGGAGCCCAAAUCAACAGACUGCCGUCAUAUAUGCAGACCUUGUGUGGGUAGCCGUUCGGAAUGGGUUGUCUGUGGCAACCCUCUUUGGCAUUGGCCUCGAUCCAGGGAGUCCAACGAGUGUGUUACAUCUCAGUCCACCGACACUUGCAGAGUAUCUCCUAGAGAAGGGUGCCAACCCCAAUAGGCUGAAUGGUGCAGGGCAAACUCCUCUUGAUUAUAUUCUCGAACCAGACUCAGUGUUCCAGAGAAGUCCCUUUGGUCUUGACUGGCUCUAUGAUGUAGUCCGACUCUUGAUCAAGAACGGCGCCCAGCGACGCAAGGGUACAAGACACAGCCAGCGACUCCAGGGCCACAAGCUCCUUCAAAGAUUAAAUGACAGCGGCUAUGAUAUUGGUCCGCUUUUGUCGCUACAGAGUCAAUCACUGAGCUUGGAUGAACAGAGUAUACCGCCAUCUGAGCCUGGAAACGGAGUGGCAGACGUGCCUCCAUCCGAUACAUCUGCUGGACAAGAAACGGCGCGCAACAGACUUGCAAGAUUAUUUGGCGGAUCCGGCGGUUUCUUCAGAUGGUAA